AUGAUGGCGUCGGUGCGAUUGGUGCCCUGCAAGAACCCGACUUGGUCCGACUACAUGCCACUGGGCAUAAGAGAAAGAAUCAAUGGGGCCGUACACGAGUCGGCGGUUGGGCGCUGGGAGGGCGGCAGGCAGCAUGGCUGGUGGUAUUGGGCGGACCUGAGGACCGAUGAUCGAAGACUGGUGACCGAUGGAAAGAAUGGGUUGGCAGCAUCUGGGCUGGGGAAGCAUCGAGGUUGCGAGGGAAGCCAUCGCGAUUCCGAGGCUGAUACGUAUACUGAUAUUACCAGGAAGGUCAAGUAA